AUGGCUAACAUUGCAGCUUCGUUUGGUGAAGGGGGAGACUUCAACGAGAUUUUGUGGCAGAAUGAGAAGGUAGGAGGUAGGAGCAGGCCAGAGGGACAACUUGAAAUGUUUAGAGAAGCCUUGGAGGAAUGUGGUUUAGUUGACAUUGGAUGUAGAGGUAAUGGCUUUACAUGGUCAAAUAAACAAGAGGAUCUAUCCUUUACUAAGGAAAGACUGGACAGGUUUGAGGCUUGUUGGAUCAAGCAGGAAGGCUGUGAACAAGCAGUUAAGCAGGGAUGGGAGAAGUGGAUAGUUGACUCUGAACCUAUACAGAAAGUUCAAACAAAACUAAGUGUAUGCAGUGGCAUACUGUCAUCUUGCUUUAAGGAGAGUGAUAAAGGCAGAACUAAGGAAAUCGAAACAAUUUCAAAGAGAAUUAAAGAGCUACAAGGGAAACUGUCUCAGGAAGGGAUGAAUGAAUUAAAACAGCUGCAAGAAAGAGUUGGCACAUUAUUGGAGCAGGAGGAUAUAAAGUGGAAACAGCGGGCCAAGAGGAAUUGGUACAAAAUGGGAGACAAGAAUACUAGAUUCCAUGAAUGUGCUAACCAAAGAAGAAAAAGAAACAAGAUUGUGGCUAUAAUGGAUGACCAGUCAGUUUUGAGGGAUAAUGAGGAGAGUAUUGAAGCUGCAUUCAGAGAACAUUUUGCACAAGUUUAUUCUAGUGCACAUCCAUCUAAAGAAAAUAUUGAUGAAUGUAUUGCUGAGUUGGAACCCAAGGUGACUGAAUCUAUGAAUGAAUGGCUCGAGAAGGAGUUUACAAGAGAGGAAGUGGAGGUGGCUCUGAAAAUGAUGGGGCCUAUGAAAGCACCAGGACCUGAUGGGUAUGGGGCUGUUUUUUUCCAAUCUUUUUGGAAUGUGGUUGGGAAUGAUGUUCGUGAAGCAGUGCUGAGAUUUCUGAAUGGAUGCAGGUUGAAGGAAUCUAUCAAUCAGACCUUUAUUGUAUUGGUUCCUAAGAUUAAUGAUCCAAAGUCUGUUAAUGACUUCAGGCCGAUAAGUCUUUGCAAUGUAUUCUAUAAGAUCAUUGCAAAGACCCUUGCAAACAGACUCAAAAAGGUGAUGGAUAGAGUUAUAUCAAGAUGUCAGAGUGCAUUCAUACCUGGAAGGUUGAUCACAGACAAUGUUAUUGCAGCUUAUGAGAUUCUUCAUUCCAUGAAAUGUAGACAAAAAGGCAGAGUGGGGAGCAUGGCUGUAAAACUUGAUAUCUCUAAGGCUCAUGACAAAGUUGAGUGGCAGUACUUAGAGGCAGUUAUGAGGAAGCUUGGAUUUGGGGCAAGAUGGACAGAUUUGAUAAUGAAGUGUAUUUCAACAGUAACAUAUGCUACUCUUAUUAAUGGUAGACCAGGGAAGUUUUUUUCUCCUUCAAGAGGAUUAAGACAAGGAGACCCUUUAUCUCCUUAUCUUUUUCUAAUAUGUGCUGAAGGGUUAAGCUCUAUGCUUGAGUUAGCAAAGCAAAGAGAUGAAUUGAAAGGGGUGGCAGUGGCUCGAGGGGGUGUCAAGAUGACUCAUCUGUUGUUUGCAGAUGAUUGCUUAAUCUUUGGGAAGGCUUCUUGGAAUGAAUGGAGGAAGAUCAGUGGGAUCUUGGAGGUAUAUGGAAAGGCUUCUGGUCAGAACUUAAACAAGCAUAAAACAACAAUCUUGUUUAGUCCAACAGUUGCUAGUGAAAUGAGAAGGGAUAUUAUCAGGGACUGUGGAGCUAGAGAGCAAAAUAACUGUGAGAAAUAUCUAGGAUUGCCAAUCAUGGUUGGUAGAUCGAGAUACCAGGCUUUCAGCAUUGUGAAAGAUAGGGUAUGGAAGAAGUUGAGCAAUUGGAAGAAUCAGUUUCUAUCACCUUCAGGAAAAGAAGUAUUAAUCAAGGCAGCCAUUCAAGCAAUUCCAACCUACUAUAUGAGUGUGUUCAAAUUGCCAAAAAAGCUGAGUGAUGAGAUAGCUUCUUUAAUGGCAAAAUUCUGGUGGGGUUUUAAACAAAGGGAGAACAGAAUCCAGUGGAGAAGUUGGGCAAAGAUGGGAUGGUCUAAAAAUGAUGGGGGACUGGGUUUCAGAGAGCUAGAAGCAUUUAAUCAAGCUCUUCUUGCAAAACAAUGUUGGAGAGUAAUGAUGAAACCCCAAUCUAUGGCAGCAGUGAUGCUUAAAGAGAAAUAUUUCAGACAUACUGAUUUGUUGCAUGCUCCCUUAGGAUUCAGACCCUCAGUUAUUUGGAGAAGCUUAUGGAAUGCAAGGGACUUGUUGGGGGAAGGAUUGGUUUGGAGAGUGGGAGAUGGAAGGAGUAUUAAGAUAUGGAAGGAUAAAUGGGUUCCAAGGGCUGUUACAUUUAAAAUUCAAUCCCCCAUCAAUAUUUUGCAUGCUGAGGCAAAGGUCGAGCACCUAAUUUCAGCUAAGAAAAAAGAAUGGAAUGUGGAGCUAGUGAAAGAAGUGAUGAAUGAAGAGGAAGCAGAAAUAGUAUGUAAAUUACCCAUUAGUCUCUCGGGGCUACCAGACAAGCAGAUAUGGGCAUAUUCAAAAAAUGGCUUGUACACAGUUAGAAGUGCUUAUCAUGUGGAAAUUAAUAGAAGAAGAAGGGAGAGAGGGGAAAUGUCUAACAAGUCAGGGGAGGUAUGGAGGAAGGUGUGGCUAUUAAACAUACCAGGGGUAGUCAAAGUUUUUGUUUGGAAGACUAUGCUUAACUGUCUGCCAACAAAGAUGAACCUAAUGAAGAGGUCUGUUGUGAAGGAAGCUACCUGUCCAGUUUGCUUGAUUGAAAAUGAAACUGUCUGUCAUGCCUUAUGGAGUUGCAGGGGGGCAAGUGAUGUAUGGGCUUGUGAGAGGAGUCCAGUGCAUAAAUGGUCGAGUGGGGAGAGGGAUAUGUUUGAACUCUGGUCAGACUGGUUUCUAAAGCUGUCUCGAGAGCAAUUGGAAAUCAUGGCUGUGGUGAUGAGGAGGAUAUGGCUGAGAAGGAAUGGCAUGGUGUUUGAUAAUAAGCUUGUAGGGCCAAAUGAAGUGUUUAACCAGGCUGUUCAAUGUUUGACAGACUUUCAAUUGGCUCAAGUGAAGCAGACCAGUAAAGUUGACAGUAGUGUUCCUAUAAGCAAUAAGGCUUCUCAUUGGAAACCACCUAUGGGUGACAUAUUGAAGGUUAAUUGGGAUGCAGCAUGGAAAACCAAGGAGGAUAGAAGUGGAAUUGGGGUGGUGAUACGAGAUAGUAGUGGGGAAAUAAUUGCUUCUCUCUGCUGUCCUAGAACAAAGGUGCAAGAUGCAAUGGUAGCUGAGGUAUAUGCACUAUGGAGGGCCAUGAAAUUGUGUGCUGAACUAAAUUUCAGAAAGGUUCAAUUUGAAGGUGAUGCUCUAUCUGUUGUGAAUGCUGUGAAUAGCUCUGAGGAGUGUUGGGAGAGGCACGGACAGGUGAUUGAAGAUCUUAAAGAUGUUUUGAGGAAGAGGAGAGGCUGGUUUUGGGUCCCUCCCCUGAGGCAUAUGGUAGCCGCCGAGGCCCUCAAGGGCCUGCCAGCAAAUCCCAGGCCAAGGUCCUUCACAGAUAUGGUCUCGCAGUCGCCGCUUUCCCUUCCCGAAAUGGUGGUUCCGGGGCUCGAUAACUCUAAAGAGCAGUUGAUAAAAAUGAUAAAGAAGUAUAAAGUGAAUGUGGUAGCCAUUGCGAAACCUUUUGUUAAUGAGCAGUGUAUCUUUCGGCUUCAGAAUAAACUGGAGUUUGGGGGAUGUAUUUCUAACGAGGAUGUUGAAGGAAAAUUAUGGGUGCUGUGGAACACCAAGGUAAAGCUUACUAUACAAUCCAUAAAGGGUCAAAAUAUCUCGCUGGUGGUUAAAGAGAAGAAUAAACAAAUCCUCACAAAUUUUGUUUAUGCUAAAUGUUCAUACCUAGAUCGUAGAAGACUUUGGGAGGAUUUGAGUAUUUUGAGCACCGGAGCCACACCUUGGAUCAUCAUGGGGGAUUUUAAUAUUAUCCGUAAUGAUGAUGAGAGGAUUGGAGGAAGACCCCAACUGGCCAUUGCUAUGAGGGAAUUCAACGACUUUAUUGAUGCAGUGGGGAUGAUUGAAACAAAGUUUGAAGGAAACAAGAUUUCGUGGUGUAAUGGUCAGCAAGGGAGAGCCCGUAGUUGGGCACGACUGGAUCGUUCUCUCGUUAAUUUGAAUCUGAUGCUAGAAUUUCCAGGUGUGGUGAUGACCUAUUUGUGUAGACAAAAUUCAGACCAUUCUCCCCUAGUGGUGGCCAUGGAGCAAAAUGAUCAACCGUAUGGGUUCAGUCUGUUCAAAUUCCAAAAUAUGUGGACCUCUCAUGAGCUCUUUCAUAACUGUGUGCGCGGUGUUUGGUGUAAGGAAUAG